AUGCCAAUCUCCACGGCCUCUGCCACCACCACCACUCCACCCCCCAAUUUGGACGACUACACACCAUCGGCUACCCUAAUCCCUUUCCAACAUCCAAUCCCCCUUCUCCGUGGGCCUGUAAGGGCAGUUCAUCUGACAUCAGAAGCUGGGCCGUUUAUCCUUGCAUUCAAGGACCCGCAGUCAUGGGCCUCUGCGUACAAGGCGUGUGAAUCCCAAAUCACCCAACAAUGCGAAGCUGGAGCUCGAAUUGGCUGCUCCCUCGCCGCAUCCAACAAAUGCAAACCCUCCUGGUGGAAAACCCUAACGGGCGGCGUAGCCAAACAAGAUUAUGCGGAACGGGCAAAAUGCGAAGAACGUGAAAUGGAGGCUUGUCUUGAAACUGCCAAGGAUAAGUGCCGAGAAUUUUCAAAAAACAAGUGUAUGACGGCGUUUAGGGAUGCUAAAGUUGCCAUCAAAGGCUUGGAUUUGGUGAGGAAUAGGUGGGAGGUCUCAAAGUUGCUAUCUUGGUUGUGUUUGGAAGGCAAUAAGCAUGAUGGGAUGGUUGAGAUGAUGAAAUUUGGGACGUCCUGGGUUGAGUUUAACUCAAUUCAACUUGACGAGCUGUAAAGGAAGUGAUUUAUUGGGUUCAGGGAAUGCCAAGGACGUUGAUGAUUUUUUAAGACGAAAUGGCAGGACAAUGUAAAAUGGGAUGCUUGGAGCUUUUAAUUUGAGGAAUAAUAGUUAUUUUUCAGGAAAAAUUGGCAAGAAAGAUCAAAUUUUGAUGAUAACCAUUGCAGAAUGGGAGUUUCUGGUUUCAGAGUCGACUGUGAUGGCGGUGGAUUUGAAUGACAAUAGUGGCAUUUUAUUUCCUUUUGCGGUUAAGUUUUUUGCUUGGUGUGUCGAUUUAAUAUCUGGAUUCUGUUGAAAAUGGAUGCUGUAGUGGACAAAUAAUUGGAAGAAAUAUGUGAAAGUAUUCAGGCAGUACUCACCAGAUUGAUUUACCUACGCAGAGGUUUGGCGUGUUUUAUCAAGAAACAUUCGGUUGAUGAUGUGCUUUAGCUGUUCUCCUGGACAAUGGCUAAUUUCUAUCUUCAGGAAGCUAGCGAAAAGGAAGAAAGCAUAUUUGACAAUUAGAGACAACAUAAUGCAAGUUUCGCAGCUAAGCGGUUGGUAUCAGCACACGCUUCAAGUGCAUUAAAUCCAGUAAAUGGUAUAACCAUAUUGUAGUUUGCGUUAUGCAGACAUGAAGGGCUACUGAUAAACUGCUAUUUUUGCUUAACAUCAUUGGACUUUUCAUACAAGUUCCAUGAAGGUUAGAGUCUCUAUCAACUUGGUGUGAAGUCUCGCCUUGCUGCAAAAGAAUAUCUAGGUUGUUGGUUUUCCAAUGUGCUUUCUAUUAGAUAUUUUCUCUUGAUUUAGGGAAGGUGGAUUUGUAUAUUUAUAGAACUUUAAAGAUUAAAUUUGAGGUGAGAAGAGGGGUUGGCAAUUGGUGAAAUUUGACGAAUCAUUGUUCAAUAUAGCAUUGAUUAUGGCAUCAA